AUGGAAAGCUCACAGGACGAGUAUGUGACAUCACCGAACGCUAAUUAUCAACGGGACAUACGGUACAUCUUUAAGCCCGGUAACUUGAUCCUCGGCUCAAUCGGCAUCUGGCCUAUUACGAUUCGCGGAAUCGGACGAUAUGCACCUAAAAUAGCGAUCGUGGUGUGUAAUUCUGCGUUAGCCUUCGCGAUAGUGCCCUGUAUUCUGCAUAUGAUCUACGAUCAGAAGGAUCUCAACAUAAGACUGAAGCUUUUCGGCCUGCUAGGCUUCUGCACUACUGCAAUGAUGAAGUAUUGCGUUCUCGCGAUACGUCGACCCAAGAUAUUGCGCUGCAUCGAGCAUGUGAAGAGUGACUGGUGGCAGGCGAAAUUCAGCUCCGACCGCGAAUUGAUGCUGAAGUAUGCCGCCACCGGUCGAAGACUAUCCAUGAUCAGCGCGACUUCCAUGUACGUUGCGGGCUUCAUUUAUCAUACAAUUCUGCCGUUUUGCACCGAACACAAGGUCGACAACCAAACCAUUAGACCACUCGUAUAUCCAACUUACAGUAAGUUUUUUAAGACGCAGGCGAGUCCGAUAUAUGAAAUGGUGUAUCUAGCCCACUGUGUGUGCGGAUAUACCAUGUAUUCAGUGACGGCCGGAUCGUGCGGAUUGGCAGCAAUAUUUGCCACUCAUGCGUGUGGCCAGAUCGAGGUGAUCAUAUCUCGACUCGAGGAUCUUUCAUGUGGCAAAAACUUCGAGCAAUUGUCGGAUGUUAAUCAACGAAUCGCUCUCAUUGUAAAAAGUCAUGUUCGAAUAUUAAGAUUUUCCGCUGCCGUGGAAGAAAUUUUACAGGAAGUAUGUUUACUAGAAUUCGCCAGUUCUAUAUUUACAAUGUGUUUACCCGAAUAUUAUUGUAUAGUGGACUGGCAAGACAGCGAUACGGUAGGACUAACAACCUAUUUCCUGCUCUUUGUUUCAUUUUGCUUCAAUAUGUACAUAUUAUGUUACAUUGGAGAGCAUCUCGUGGAGAAGAGCAGUCAAAUUGGAACGAGGUGCUUCAUGAUACGUUGGUAUCAACUGCCGGCAAAGUCGGUUCGCAGUCUAGUCUUAGUAAUUGCUAUGUCCAGCCAUCCUAUAAAGAUCAGUGCUGGCAGAAUGAUAGAUUUAUCACUAGCGACAUUUGGAUAUGUACUCAAAACAAGUCUAGCGUACCUGAGUUUUCUUCGAACGUUAGUAGUAUGAAUAUACUACUACGCAAAUACAUAAAAGAAUAAUAUCAAAAAUGAUUCCUUCACGAUAGAAUACUUAUAGAUCAAAUGAAUCACGUAGUAAUGGGAUAACUACGUCAGAUGUCAGCCGACAGCUGAUAAUUUUUAUCGAUUGUUGGUUAAAUUGCUGCUGUCAGAGAAACACGAACUGACAAUGAUGCUUUCCAUGAACAACAAAACAAAAUGUGAUCGAAAUAUGAUUAAUAUCUUAAAUAAAAAUAUAUAAUUCGUGUAAAUAAACAAUUAUUGUGACUGUUUGUAUAAGAGUGUGAAUGUAAUAGUGUAUCAGUAACUGUACUAUAAUUUUUGCAA